UGUAUCUCAUCUAGAAGGAUUUAAGAUUAGCUUAAGUCAAAAUGAAAGGUCAUUGUAGUUUCCUAGCAGUUUUUGCCUUAUUGGCGUUGGCUUCCAUUUUGGUCACCUCAGCUUAUGACCCAAGCCCUCUCCAGGAUACCUGUGUAGCCAUCAAUGACCCCAAGACUGGAAUAUUUGUCAAUGGAAAGUUCUGCAAGGACCCGAAGUUUGUUACAGCAGAUGAUUUCUUCUACUCAGGGCUUAACAUCCCAAGAGACACAUCAAAUCCUGUUGGAUCAGUUGUGACUCCGGUGAAUGUUGACCAAAUACCAGGCCUUAACACUAUGGGCAUAUCCUUGGUUCGUAUCGACUAUGCACCCUAUGGAGGGCUCAAUGCACCUCACACUCACCCUCGUGCAACCGAGAUCUUAGUUGUCUUGGAAGGCACACUCUAUGUUGGUUUCGUUACCUCCAACCCCGAUAAUCGCCUCAUAUCCAAAGUCCUUUAUCCGGGAGACGUUUUCGUCUUUCCUAUCGGCCUCAUUCACUUCCAGCAAAAUGUGGGAAAGACUAAUGCCGUUGCCUUUGCUGGUUUGAGUAGCCAGAAUCCUGGGGUGAUUACCAUAGCAAAUGCUGUUUUUGGAUCGAAUCCACCUAUCAAUCCUGAUGUUCUUGCAAGAGCUUUCCAGCUUGACAACAAUGUGGUGAAGUAUCUCCAGUCUCGUUUCGGGUGGAAAAACAAUUGAGGGGAUAGGCUUUGACAUAGUAGCCAUGAACCGGUAGCUUGUUUGCAAUCGCCUCAUCAUACUAAGCAAGAAUAAAGGCAUGAUUAUAUCUUAAAUUAACCACAACAUCAAUCAAAUAACAUGUAUCUUUCCUGUUGGAGAUUGACUGAUUAA